UCUAGUGGUUUUCCCUACAUUUCAAAUGAUCUCUUUAGAGGCAAGUCUUUCAGGCUUCAGAACUAUUGUACCCACCAUGCUGUAUUGCAGGGUUUCAAGUUCACAAGCUGUGUCCUGGGCCUGGUUAGUCUCUGGUAUAAGAGUACAACCAGACCACUGAAUGAGAUUGCCUCUGUGAGCUUCUCAUCCAAACCAGCUCCCACUGGUUUUCAGAGGAGCAGUGGGAGAUGAAAAGGUGGUGGCAAAAGACCAGAAGUGAAUUUGACCAAACGCUGGCCUACACAGUAGUAAUAACAACAGCAAAGCAUUUGUACUUCUUUGUUCUUAUUGCAGUCACAAAUUUCUGCCCAGUGGACCUAUUCAGGGUGACCCAGUUCCUUUUGGGGAAGUACAUGAGGGACAAGGUGGCCGCAGGCCUUGUGAUGUUUUGUAGGGGAUUCUUUGGGGAUAGAGGCAAGCUGAUGAAAUCUGUACAAUUUGUAGCAUCCAGUUCAGACUGAAUAGGAGCUGUGCUGUUCUGCAUACAGUGUUUAGGGACAAGUCACCUUGUCUGCAUUGUUUGGAUUGUUCAGAACUCUACUGAUCUUUAACCAGCACCUUUUAUAUUGCAGUAGUAUUAGAAGAGGUGUUUGGUUGCUCUUCCUGGCAAAUGAACAUUCUGAGCUAUAGUGCUCCAUGACUGGCAAAAGCCUUCAGGUAUAAUUCUUUUUUUAUCCCUUAAAAGAUCUGGGAUAUAGGAGGACAGCCACGGUUCCGAAGUAUGUGGGAACGCUACUGCAGAGGAGUUAAUGCUAUUGUCUAUAUGGUAGAUGCUGCAGAUCGUGAAAAAAUAGAAGCUUCUAGAAAUGAGUUGCACAAUCUUCUAGACAAACCACAGCUACAAGGAAUUCCUGUUCUAGUACUUGGAAACAAGAGAGAUCUUGCUAAUGCACUGGAUGAGAAGCAGCUUAUUGAAAAAAUGAACCUGGCUGCUAUUCAAGACAGAGAAAUCUGCUGCUACUCUAUUUCCUGCAAAGAAAAGGACAAUAUAGAUAUCACACUUCAGUGGCUUAUUCAGCACUCAAAGUCUCGAAGAAGCUGAAAACAUUCAGAUAACUACUCAUUUGGCCAUAUUCUCAAUUGUCUACUCCCUCCGUGAUGAAUUGUUAUCCAGGAUAGUCCUCCUGUGUCCAAGGAAUUGCCUUUUUUCACAGUUCAUGCCUCCAUGUGCACUGCUGAAUGACUUAUAAUCCUACUUCUGUCAAAGAGUUGGCUAGAGUUGUCAUAAGUCGUGCAAAUGUUUUUUAUUCAUUUCAUCUAGACAGUGGCAGUGGGUACCUCUUCUCCAGAACUUAUUAAGCUUUUUGCUCUGGUCUUCCUGAUCCAGAUUUUUAUAUUAGAUUUUCCACACAAUUAUUUCAUUCUUGUAUUUAGCAGCUCAUUGGAAAUGCUGGCACAUGGCAGCACAGGGAUUAUGUCACUUCUUAUUAUACUUAAAAAGCUUUUCCAACACUGUUUAAUUUUCCUCUCAGAUGCAUGUUAUGUAUAUCGUAAAAUGGUUUCAAUGGAAAGUGCCAGGCACUAGAUAUUAAAUCACUAAAUUAUCAUAAAUUCUCAGCUUGUAUUCCUCCCAAUGAAUAAAAAAUGUCAGGUUGUCAGCAUUUUUUUUUUGUAUUGUGCAGGGCAUUGCUAAUUUCUUUAUAUCUGCUAAAGUUCUCUUAAGUGGAGCAAGGAAUAAAAUACUUCAGAAUCAACCUCUCAGAAAAUUGAGUAUACAAACAGGUAUAAUGUAACGCUGAAUUAGAUGGAACAAUCGCAGCUUUCUUCUAGAAAUGCUUUGCACAGACUGUAUUGCUGUACGACACUCUGGAUGUCAUGUUGAUUUCCAGCACAAAAAUAUAUGUCACUGUCUAGCUUAUUCUUCUAUUAAUGGAGUAGUUGUGCACAGUUGCACUUGGUGCUAAAUACCUAGGCUAUUGUGACAACACUAGGUUUGCCUGCUUCUCACUGUGUAAUCAUGUAUAAAGUUCAUAGGCUAUGAAACAUUAAAUUGUGUCUUGAAGCACAAGAAAAUGUAUCAAGUGAUCCUCUUUCUCAGUUAGCUUCUGCAGUAUAGAGACAUCAACUGGAAAAACUGUAACACUACUUUCAUAUUUCUUGGUAGUGUCAAUAUUUUAAAAAAAGAUUUGUUAAAGCUGAAGUUAUUUGUGCAGUAAUGUUGAGGUAGGCCACGGUAUGCAAAUACACAGUACAGGUUUCUGUUGCCCCUCACUGUAUCAUUAUUUUAAGGAGCACCUGCAUGUAUUUAAAUGCUGUUCAGAGUCCUUGUUCAAUAUAUGUUUGGUCAUCCAUAGUUACCUUCUUAUGUGCUUGUUCAAGUACAAAUUGUUUCUCAAAAAAUGAACAUUUUAUAUUGGAUCAAGUACUGCUAUUAGCUAUAGUAUGUUUUCUUUUGUUACUUGCAUGCAUGGCAAAACUCCUCUGGUCUUAUCUAGACAUUCUGUGUUAUUUUGAAGGAUUCUUUGCCAAAAGGCAUAGAUGGUUCCUUUACAGUAAUACAUGAAAUAUUUGUAUAAGCCUGUCAUAGUUCUGUUAGAUCAUAUAGAGAAAGUAAAACAAGAAACUACAGUGGCAGCAAACCUAGACUAGUGUGAUGUGUGCUUAAAGCAUUACAGGUGUAAUGUACACAUACUAUACUAAAUUACACCAUUUUUGCCAUAAAGAUUGGACCAAGGUUACAAACCUAGAGAUGUGCCCCUGCACAAUCAAUUUUGAGUUAUAACUGCCAUGGCCUUAUUGUUCCCAUACAAAUUACCGCAUUGUUGCAAGACACAAGUAUUGUCUCCAUUUACAAAUUGAGCUUGUAAUUUUAACUUCUGUAUGCUUCAAUAAAAUCCUAUAUUGUUGGUGCUGUAGAGAAGGUUCACUAACUCGCUAUUGUAUAUGUAGCUCACUAUGGACUGCUAUACUCAACAAGAGCAAUUCUGCUUGUGCCUAAAAAAUAAGGAAACUGAAUUAGAACAUGUCAGCCUUUCCUGCAGGAACUGAAUUAUUGUUUAGGUAACUGGCCUUUUGCUGAAUUCAAUAUAUUUGGGAUUUUAGUGUAUACCACACAGCUUUCAGUGUUUUGACAUCCCCAAACCACUACCAACUUUUUAAUCUGUGCAUUAAUCUUGGCAUGUGAACAACUUACACAUUUAUGAAAUUCUGUAAAUAUGUGAAUUUUUUAUUUAGGUGGAAUGCAUUUUGUUUGUUUACUGCUGUUUAGCUUUAUCCAAUAAACUUAAGUUUUCAGGG